AUGGAAAAGGUGUGUGACUUUCACACUAGUUUAGAAAUAUUUUUUAUUAUUUAUCAGGCAGCCGGAGGCUUAGCCAACUCCAUCUUAAUGGCAACAAUGCCAAUUUGCCUUGUUUUAUCAUUAAAUCGACUGCUUGUCUUCCUUCCUUCAAAACUUGAUGAAACAAGUGAAGAACGCUUAUUCAACUGGUUAAUCGCAUUGUCCCUGCUUCACGGCCUCCCUUUCUUCAUUAUUUACUUAACACCACAUUCUACAAUUGCUUUUCGUUAUUAUACAUGGGAUUAUGUCACAAUUUAUAAUAAUUCGACUUGGACUUGGGUUGGAACAUCUACAGCAAUAUUACCUUUACCUUAUAUAACGCUAACACUUUUUGUAUAUUUGGCUAUUUUUGGUGUUCUUAUUUUACAGCGUCGAAAAAUAACUACAUCAAAACCCAAAAAGAUCACACCAACAGUAUGUCCAACACCUACCACAACCAUGUACCAACACAACACAAAUCUUACUAGAAAUCAAAAAACUGAACAAAUUCCAGCAAAUGUUAUUCCAAUAGAAUGGAGUGCCUAUAAACCUCCACAGCCUUCCACAACAAAAAACAUCUCUUCCUCAACUCAUCCAAUACAACAUUUAAUUCAACAUGAGAGACGCUUACUCUUCCAAGCGCUAGUUCAAUUCGGGGUUGAAUUCUCUCUUUGUUUAAUUUGGUUUUAUCAAAUGAUUGGUGCGCCGUUACCCGAAGGAGUGGUUUUUAAUGCUUUUAUUAAUUGGUAUUGGAUAUUCUACAAUGGAUUUAGACCUCUAGUCUAUUUGGCAAUGAACAAAACUGUUCGGAAGCGCCUUCUAGCCCUCUGGCUGAAUCAACCUCAAGCGACUUUGGUGGACUUUGGCAAGCUUCAAAGAGGAGCAGCACCUCAGGGUAUACGUGCUACACCACGGCUUUUCUCUCAAAAUAAACAAACACAAAAUUAUGCUAGUGGGAGAAUGAGUUAG